AUGUCAACCUUAGGAAUAUCCUGCUACGAGGAUGGGUUUCGGUUGGGUGGUCCGCCGUCGGAAUGCUCCCUGCGGAGCAAGGCCCAGAUCGACGCACUGUUCGAAGAUUGCAGAUCGAUCUGCAGCUCUACGUUGGUGGGAUGGUACGCCGGCCUGUCCGCCGUGAUCCCGAGAAGUCUCGACAACACGGGCGCCGAGGAGCAGAAGAGGGUGAACAGCGCCGUUCAGGCGCGCAUCGAGGCGAUGUUCGCCACGGUGGAGGCCGAAAGUGGAACGCCCGGUGAAUGUGCCGCCGCUAUUUUGCCGGUCAAAUACAUGGGUGCUGCUCCGGUCGGCGGGCGAGUGGCGAGCGUGCGAGGUCUUCAGGAACCCCUUCGUCAGUUGUUGGAGCGCGUGGAAGGGUGCGUAAUGGCCGAACUGGAAGUCUCCAGACGCGGACUGACGUUCCGCACGAGCGACGUCUGCGAGAAGAAUAAUCCCUUCCGUAGAAUAGCGGUCUGGAGCGCCCUGAGGCUUCGAUGUAAGAAAAUACCAUCGGGCGACGUGCAUCACGCCUUCCUACCCUUAGUUGGCGAUCAGGACCAAGGACAGACGCUGGAAGAUAAACAUGCCGAUCUCUACAGGACAAUGCGCGGCUUGAAAAGUGAGGCAGAGUGCUACCCUCCAAUCUUCGCCGUAGUGAUGCGACGCCCCGGGGCUGCCAGGGUUUUGGAGUGUCACGCGUUCGCUUGCGAAUGCGAGGAGGACGCCGUGGCAGCCGCGGCCACGUUAUAUCGCGCUCUUCUCGCGGACAUGGAUGCGAAUCGUCGGCGACCUCGUCAGGCGAACGGUGUCGGUUGCAUCAGCUUGGCAUCCGUUGCUUCCAGCGUCCGAGAGCCCAGUCUCAGCAGCAGGAUCAGCUGCUUGCUGCCUCCGCCACCCAGACCGAGCGCGCCGCAUCCUGUGAGACCGCCCAGAACCAAGAAGAGCUCAAUGAGCAGCUCCGUCACCGAGGACGAAGGUGGAAAACCUAGUUUACAAAAAAUGCCGCGUAGGAAGAAGAAAAAUUCCGACAUAAAAGCGGAAGACAUCCUUGAAGCGCGCGGCAGAAGACAACGGGAUAACAGCAAGGCUGAGAAGAGCAAUCAAGGGCAGAACAAUCGAAAUGUCGCAUUGUCGAGGAGUGAGAAAUUGCAAAAUACGAAGAACAAGAUGUUCUCCGCUAAAGACCAGAACUCCUUGCGUAUCGAGAUCGAGUCCGAAAGGAAUAGUAAGGCCGAAAGGAUUUACAACGUUCGCGAUAAUGAUGCGAGCAGAAUUUACGAGAGACAGUCGAACAAGUACGAAAAGGUGUACAAGCAGAAGAAGGAACCGGCAAAUCCGAAGGAUGACAUUUACGAAAAAGAUUAUGGAUCGUACGACUUGAGUCAAGCUGGAAAUGACAUUUGCGAACGACAAAUGUACUGCUCCAAAACUGACGAAAUCUUAGUGUAUGAUAAGGUCGACAAGACUAGAAGAAACGAGACGAAGUCUGCUCACGAGCAAGCCGGCAGGAAGAAGGAGAACUAUUACAGCCCGCGCAUUGAAGACGCCGACAAGAUCCAGAGUAUCGGAGAGGAGGACACUUACACGAGCAAAAGUAACAGAAGCAGCCAGAUGAAAAGCCGCCAGGAAGACGUCUUUUUCGCGAAGAACUUGAAGAACAGAGGGCAUUAUCUACCGCAUCAGGAGAGCGCGGUGGAGCAGCAAAGGCGCUCGAGAAAUCCAGAGAGGGUGCACUCCAGCAAGAGGCUCAGCAGAGUCGUCACGAUGGACAAACCGCUGCGGAAGGAACAGUCCGAUUACUCGCCGAACAUGCCGGAGUACAAUCGUCCGCGAGUGAGAAGAAGGAGCAGAGCGGGCAGCGCGCCGCCCGUCAGUCAUUCGCAGCACGCGAACAAGAUUCUGCAGGAAAACACGCUGAAGAGAUCGCAGAGUGACAUAGACGUGGACAGAGGAGAUCUGAUGACGAGAGUAGAGCUGCCGAGGAGAGGCAGCUUCCUGACAACCGGGAACACCCGCAGACCUAAUAACAUCAAAAACGGCACUCCACUGGGAUUCACCGAACUGUUCGACGAGUUCAGGAAUCAGGAGGGCUUGACGAGCGUUGACGAUAUUUUGGCGGCUAUCAUAGAUCCGGAAGGCAUGUCGUUCAACGACCUGAAGCCGCUCUACAAGGAAUUCUUACUGAAACUGGCAGCGACUCUGACGCAGGACGAAUUGUAUCAGAGAUCCGCCAGUAUCAUGAGAAGACGUCGAAGACCGCAGAGACGGCGGUCGAGUCGUCGAUCUUGUCUACUUGGCAGAGCUAUCAAGCGAUCGGUGUCGAGGCUGAAGGGUGGACCCACGGAAUUCACCUCCGUGAUAUUCCCGGCGAGGAGGCUGAACGACAGCUUCGGCAGCAGCUCGUCGUGCGAUGUCAGGAAUAAUCAUCGGAAUCGAGUACUGGCGAGUAGACUCAGUAGGCGAAAGUCCUCGUGGCGAGCGAGUAAGAAUGGUCCUUGCCACACGACCUCGGAAGACAGCGAUACAUGCAGACGACUGAGUCGCAGCAUGGGUGCCACUGCAAACAGAAGCAGCAGCGGUUACGUGAGCUGCAGCGAAUGCAGUUACGACUCCGAGUCCUGCACAUGUGUGUCGGCGGACAAGUGUUAUUGCUCGUUGUCCAGAAGAGUUCCGGCCACACCUGUACCCGGAAACACGGUCGUUUGCGCCUGUGACACCGAUAGUUGCUCGGAGAGCAAUAAAUGUUAUUGCGCGAGGAAGCCGAUACAGCCGACUAUACUGGAGCAGCUCAGGCAGAAGGGGAUCGUGCCGUCGGAGAGCACGCUCAGCAGAGGGGACAGCCCCGAGAGGAUCAGAGGCUCGAGAAUGACCGGUAGUCACAGUUCGUCGCGCAGCACCGAUUUUCUCAAGACUCGAUCAUCACCGAAUUGCGGUAGUUCGGAUAACUUGGCCUUAGAUUACGAUCUCUUCAGCCCAGGGAGAAGAUCUCAGCAGUCGUCCGGCAGCGAGAAAGUCCUCGUAGUCAGCGCCAGGGACACCCAGGGCCGUUUGGUUUACGUCGGUGGCGCGGAACGGGACAAGAAGUAUUCCUCCCGUGGUAGCGCCAGACCCGCGGCACAUCACGAAGCGCUCUCCAUUAAAAAAAGCGCAGAGAUCGCCGCGGUUUUCGGUGCGGGGGAGAACAAUCGAAUCUCGAGGAAGACCAGUAACGCGUCGAGUAUAAAAAGCUCGAUCAGUCUCGAAGCUGGAUUGGGCUAUUUACCUUAACAGAGCUGUCUCUCGAUCGAAAAUCAUCUCCGCAGAUACUCAAAUAAUUUAAUAUUAUGGUAAAUAGUUUAAUACUAUGGUUGUAAUAUCUUGCCAUUCGCGUUAUGAUUGAAAGGGAGAUCCUUUAUGACCAUAUCGUGAUUUCAUUAGUUGUGUUUCGACAAAUAAGAUAUGCAACUACUUACGCGUACCUGUUUUAUCUUGAUUUUAGUACGUAAGUUACAUGAAAUAGAGGAAUUAUUUAUAUUCCAAUUUAUUCCAAUUUCAAAGAUCAAUGUUUAUUUACAAGCGAUAAAAAUAUUAGAUAUUUCUUCGCUACGCUGGACCUGAUAGCUUAUUGUUAAGGAUAAAACACGGGGCAGUGCAAUAUGAUAGGUAUAAUACAAAGAGCCGGUGGCAAAUUGAUACUUUGGGCAUGAAGUUAAUAUUUCUGAGGAAAUUAGCCUUGCAUUCGAAAAAGUUUCACGUAGCCAAAAACAAAUUUAUUUAUUUUUAAAGACUAACCCAUAUCUAUUUAUCAUAAUAAACUUUAUGCAUAAGAAACUUUGUCAAAAUAAAAGAUAAAUUAUAUUUAUGAGGCCUCAAAAUAUGUGCUUGUAACGUGCAGGUACGUCCAACAUCUUGCAACCUGAACUUAAUUGAAAUUUAAGCGUCAUUAAUAUAUUAGCAGCCACUGCAAAGAAUCGAGUGUGUUGAAUAAAUUAUCAUUUUUAUGGUACUAUUUAUAUUUUUAUUAAAUGAUGUAAGUACACUGGCGGAUCCUGGGGUUACCCCCCCCCCACUUCCCCUUCCAAGUUAAAAGAAAUCAAUUUUGCUGGAUCUGUUUCAAAAAUCUUGGUAAAAAGAAUGCAUUAAAUGUUAAAGCAGGCCUAUCGACGCGGAGGCACCUGUUGAUCAAACUCUCAGCCUCUCAGUUUUCAGGAACCUGUUCUUCCAUUCUGCGCGCUUGCUUCCUCCGUCUCUGUACACGCCUCCCUACCAUAUAGUUUAUAUGUGCGUCUAGCAGUGAUGCGAUGCAACGUUAAGCGUGAAACCAAGAAAAAUAUGAAACUAAAUAAUUUUGUCGAAACCCCCCUCCACCCCAUUAUCGACAUCAGGAUCCGCUAGUGUGCAAGUAUAAUAGCAAUAUGUAUUACAUACAUGUGUAGGGGAAGGUGGGGUAAGACGGACCCCCUAAGCGAAAAUGGCUAUAUUUUUUAUAUU